GGACAGAGGGGGCACGGCGCGGAGGCGGGCGGGACUCUCCGGUUCUCCCUGGUUCUCCCCGUCGGCUCCGAGGCGCGAUGGCGCAGCAGGAGGAAGGGGCCAGCUCCGGCUUGCCGGACUGCCCUGACCUGCAGCAGGACGUCGAGGCGCUGCAUUCGCCCUCCACGCCGGUUUACCGCAGCGUCUCCGAGGAAGAGUGUACCGCCAUCGCCGCCCGCCUGCGCCUCGGCGCUGCCGGGGAGCCCUCGCCGGAGCAGGGGGAGCCCAGCGGGCUGCAGCCCAGGUGGCCCGGACCCGCCACCUCCACGUCGCUGCCCUUAGCGAGCGGCGGGCGGGUCCCAGACUCGAGCGCGGGCGAUCGCGACGCCGCUGCCAUCCCUGGCCCGGCCCCGGCCGCAGGGGAGCCCGGGUGCCUCCCGCGGCCGGCACUGUGCCCGGAGCCCGGGAAACGCGGCUGCUGCGGGCCCCAGGUAAGCGGGGUCACGGCGGGGAGCCGCGGCACGGCCAGCGCCCGCCCGGCGCUGCAGAACCCCCUCUCUCCCCUCUCUCCCGCAGGGACCGGGCCGAAGCCGACGUCGCUUGCGAGGUCCAGGCUUCACGGUGUCACCGGGGUUUCGCAGCAGGCACAGCCUUCCAGCCUUCCCCAAAUCAACCCCGGGGAGAGAGGGAUGGAAGAUGCUGCCGAGGCUGGGAGUAGUAAGCGGCCCUCCUCAGGGCUUUCGACAGGAGUUCCUGUCCUGGCUUCCCGCUCCUCACAGCAGCCUCCAUCCAAGCGUUUUUGCCGGGAUCAAGGUAAAAAGGAGCAGACACGGGAGCGUGCGGAGUCCUCUUCAUCCCGGGAGCCGGCCCCUGGCCUGACACCAGGGAGUGAAGAUGUGGUCCCUGCUGAGCAGUCCACAGAAGAUCGGCUGUCCCGGGAACUGGAGCAUCUGAAGAGGCAAAUGGAGCAUGCCAUAAAAGCCAUGGAGGAUGCCAUGCAAGCCCUGGAGCGAGUGAUGGGUGAGCUUGAUAUGUGGAGCUGGCUGUUCUGGGGACUGCAGAAGACCUGUAGUCCAGGUGACAUCCUCCUGUACCUGGAGCCCAGGGCCUGCAGCUCCAUGGCAGGGGGGCUGGCUUCAUGUUUAGGGGGUAGAGCAGGAGCUCAGCUGCCGCCCCAGAGAGUCUGGCUGUGAGGUAUUUAGCAUGGGCUGAGCACACACCUUCCUGCCUGCUGUGUGCAGCUGGCAAGACUGCCCAGUGUGAAGCCUGUCAGCAGACAAUUGUUGCUUGUCCCGGCUAGGUGGGAACAGGCAGCCACAGCCCCUCUCUGCUCCGCUGAUUUCCCAGCUGCCAGGGAGGGCACAGCGCAAAAACAGAAGCGGCAGUCACGGCUCCUGGGGUACUUUUACUUGAUGUUACCGCUCCCCUUUUGGCUGCUCCAGGACCCCGAACUCGGGGCAGACAAUAGCUUACAUACCGGGGCAGGGACACAGAGGAGGGACACAGAGGUCAAAGAUCAGGAGAACUAGAGAUAACAUACAAGGCGGGCAUUCAAAUCUCCUCCAAUAAAGAAUCCCAAGGAAAAGGACAGUUGAGAGAAAUGCCAAACUGACAGAGAAGUUUCUCAAGAAGGCAGUUUCUAGGAAGGGAAUGACAUUUCCUGCCAGGAGAAGCAAAGGAAGGGCUGGGAAAAGAGCAGAGACCAAAGGGCAGCUACAAGGAGAUUACAAAUCAAACAGUAAUCAUAUUAAUAAGACAAAACAGAUCAGAGAAUCUCCUCCUUGCAGGCUCAGCUCAGAGCAGCAGGUAUGUUCCCUCACUGAGGUGAGCCCUGGCUUCCGGGCUGCCCGCAGGGAUGCUCCAGGGGUCCCUUGAGGGCUGUGAGGUGGGAGGGCUACAGCUCAUGGCCUUUCUCAGGGCUCAGGUGCUGAGUGCCAGAAGCAUUACUGCUUUGAUGUUGCUUCCCAGGAAUCCACCGGAAAGAUGCUCCAGAGAACCACAGCAACGGCCUGGGAGAAGACUGACGGCCAGGACACAGGGAUAACAACAGCAAUUGUCCCACAGUGCCAGCUCCUGGGGCUGUAUAUUUCAGGGAAUUCCUGAUUUUUUU